AUUGACCGUGAAACUUCAAAAUAAAAAACGUUUUGUCAAAAAUGGCGGACCAACAAAAAGUAACAUAUAAAUAAAAUUAAUAAUGUAUUUAGCUUCUGCUAUAACGACCACGGUCGAAGAAUAAUUAUACAACAACAAAAUGGCUGCUGGGACGGCCGCUGGUACGGCUGUUAAAGCAUUUUUCACCUAUAUUUUCGACACAGUACACUGCGCCGGUAUCAAUGGCAGGGAUAAUGGAUUUGGUAACAAUUAUGUUUGGGCUGGAUCUUUGGAAUCAGGUCUCCAGAUAGCCACACACCACAGGAAACCAUUGAUGGUGAUCAUUCACAAAUCGUGGUGCACAGCCUGUAGAAAUUUAAAGCCAAAAUUCGCCAACUCUCCAGAAAUUCAAACGCUAAGCAAACACUUUGUUAUGGUCAAUUUGCUUGAUGAAGAGGAGCCGAAGAACAAUGUUUUUGCUCCAGACGGGACUUACAUACCCAGAAUUCUCUUCAUUUCACCAAAAGGUAUGGUGGAUCCCGAUAUAGUAAACGAGGAAGGAAGUAGCCAACACAAAUAUUUCUACAGCAAACCCGAACAAAUUGCCAAGUCUAUGAAGAAAGUUCUCGACAAAUAUACUGAAGAACAAUUCGAUGUAUGACGAGUUAAUAUGUAGAAAAAUUGUUACAAGAGAUGAAAUCUACAUUGAAAUAUAAACCUUAGAUAUAGAGCUUAGAUUUCAAAAUGACUCACAUCUCCCUGUUGAAAUGUAAAGAGUAAAUUCUUGUUGUUGUAGUGAACUGACACCGAAUUUGUUGCUUCCAGGAUGCGCGGCGUUAGAUCGACAAUAUAUUUGGCAAACUGUGAUAAUGAUAACUAUGAUGACACUGUAAUUUGUACUAAUAAACGUUGUAACCGCGUA